AUGAAAAGAGCUAAGACUAAACCUUCUAAAUUUGUCGAUGGUACUUCUAUUCAAGUUUGGGAUGAUAUUGUACCGGGUUAUGGUAGUGAAAGUUCGACGGAAGAUGCUCCUAAUCGGAUAGGAAACAUACCUGCUCACUUUUAUGAUGAUAUGCCUCAUAUCGGUUAUGACAUUGAAGGGAAAAAAAUCAUGAGACCUGCUAAAGGUGAUGAAUUAGAUAAAUUUUUGGCAGGUGUUGAAGAUCCUACUGCUUGGACGAGUGUUGAGGACAAACUGUUACACAAAAACGUCCAAUUGACUGAUGCAGAACUUGAUCUGAUUCAUAAAUUAGCCAAAGCCGAAAACCCGGAUGCCGAAUUUGAUCCUUAUGAACCUAUGGUGGAAUUCUUUACGGGUAAAGGAAAAGAAAUGACAAUGCCGUUAUCUGCAGCACCUGAACCCAAGCGUCGAUUCAUCCCAUCAAAAUGGGAACAUAAAAAAGUGAUGAAGAUCGUUCGAGCCAUCCGACAUGGUCGAAUAGUUCCCAACAAACCCAAAGUAGAAAAACCACAAUUCUAUGCACUUUGGUCCAAUGAUGAUACACCCAGAGCACCUGGACCGAUGUACAUGCCAGCACCUAAACUAAAGUUACCAGGUCACAUUGAAAGUUACAAUCCACCAGCCGAAUAUUUAUUUGACGAAGAAGAAAAGAAACAGUGGGAAGAAGCCGAUCCGAGUGAUCGAAAGAUUGAUUUCUUACCUUCUAAACAUUCAAGUUUAAGAGUCGUACCAGGUUAUAAUAAUUUCGUUCAAGAAAGAUUUGAUAGAUGUUUAGAUUUAUAUCUUGCACCUAGAAUGUUAAGAAGAAGACCUAAAUUAGAUAUAAAUGAUCCAUCUGAAUUAUUACCGAAAUUACCAUCACCACAAGAUUUAAGACCAUUUCCUUCGAUUUGUUCGAUUGAAUAUAUACAUGAAAGUGGUUCAAAAGUUAGAACUGUUUCAAUUGAUCCUACUGGAAUGUGGGUUGCUACUGGUUCAGAAAAUGGUGAGAUUUUGAUUUGGGAAUGUAAGAUUGGUAGAUGUGCUAUGAAAUGGAAUAUGUCUGGGAAAGAAAAUACACCGAUUUAUGCUGUGGAAUGGUGCCCGGAUCGAAACAAAUGUAUUUUGGCAGCAGCUGUAGGAAAUAAGGUGGUGAUGUUAUCACCUCUUUCGGUUCUUUCACCCUUUCAAGCCACCAAUGCCAUCGAAGCUGCCCACGCAGGAUUCAAUACCGCCAGUGAUGCCACACCAACGAUUUCAGACGCGAAAUGGACAAGAGCAAGUGAAAAAGAAAGAGAUACAGGAAUCUUGAUAGAAAUCACAGUACCAGGAACACCAAAACAAGUGACUUGGCAUAAAAGAGGAGAUUAUUUUUCAACCGUUUCAACAGAAGCCAUCAACAAAUCUGUUUUGAUUCAUCAACUUUCAAAACAUCAAACUCAAAGUCCAUUUAAACGUACUAAAGGAAUUGUACAAAAAGUGAUCUUUCAUCCGAUCAAACCUUAUUUGUUUGUGGCUACUCAACGAUUUGUUAGGGUUUAUGAUUUACUUAGUCAAACUUUAAUCAAAACUUUACAACCUGGUGUUAGAUGGAUUUCUAGUAUUGAUGUACAUCCUUUAGGUGAUAAUGUGAUUAUUGGUAGUUAUGAUAAACGAUUGGCUUGGCAUGAUAUGGAUUUAGGUGAUAGACCUUAUAAGACUCUAAGGUACCAUCAAAAAGCGAUUAGAUCAGUAGGAUUUUCAAAACGAUUUCCAUUAUUCUUUACAACAUCAGAUGAUGGAACGAUCCAAAUCUUUCAUUCGACAGUUUAUUCAGAUUUAAUGAUGAAUCCAUUAAUCGUACCUUUAAAAGUUUUAAAAGGUCAUCUUAUUAAAGAAUCUUUAGGUGUACUUGAAGCUUUUUGGCAUCCUACCGAACCUUGGAUCGUUAGUGUUGGAGCUGAUGGGGUUGGUAAACUUUGGUGUUGUUAA